AUGGAUUCCAUCCUCGUCACCGGAGCCACAGGCAAACAGGGCGGCUCGGUGGUGCGAGACCUCCUUCGUCGAAAUGCACCCUUCAAUAUCCUCGCGGUGACGCGGAACGCAAAGUCCUCGUCUGCGCUGCAGCUCGCGCAGAAAUCUCCUAAUAUCACGCUCAUCGAAGGGAACCUUGAUGACCCGGCGGGGAUUUUCAAGGCCGUGAAGGCGCAAACAUCGACUCCGGUCUGGGGUGUGUUUAGUGUUCAGACCGCCAAUCCCAAAAACGACGACGAGCGCCGCCAAGGCAUCGCAUUAAUCGACGAGUCCAUCAAGCAAGGCGUCAAGUUCUUCGUCUACAGCUCCGUCGACCGCGGAGGCGAAAAGCGAUCCUUCGACAAUCCCACCCGAGUCCCGCAUUUCAUCUACAAGCACGAGAUCGAGCAGCAUCUGCUCAAGCGGUCGAAAGAAGCCAACGUCAACAUGGCCUGGACCAUCCUCCGCCCCGUCGCCUUCUUCGAGAACUUCACCCCGGACUACUUCGGCAAGGUGUUCACGACGGCGUGGCAGAUGGAGCUGAAGGGGAAGGCGUUGCAGCUGGUCGCGACGAGCGAUAUCGGGUUCUUUGCUGGCGAGGCGUUCGUGCGGCCGGAUGAGUUCGAGGGCAAGGCGCUGUCGUUGGCUGGCGAUGAGUUGACGUUUGAGCAGAUGGCGGCCGCGUUUGAGCGCUUGACCGGUAGGAGGGUGCCCACGACGUUUCGGCUGCCUGUGUGGGCGAUGAUGGCCGCUGUGAAAGAGUUGGGGUAUAUGUUUAAAUGGUUCCAUGAUGAAGGGUAUGGGGCGGAUCUUGCGGAGAUGAGGAGGAUGAAUCCUGGUUUGAAGGACUUUGGGAAGUGGUUGGUGGAGGAGAGCCAGUUUGAGACUUCUCAGAGUUCUUGA